CACAAACGUUUUCCGGUUUGGCACCUUGGUGGCUAACGUUAGCUACAGGUUCGCUAUGAAGGAACUACACAGUUAGCGAUGUGUUUCAGGUCGUUGUAGCCCCUGACAGGAUGAAAUAAGAUGGACACUCUAACAACAGACUCGUCUGCGGCUGAGGAGGAUGUAUAUUCAGAAUCUGAGGUUUUAUGUUUGAUGAGAGUCGGAAGAAACUCGGACUGGCUUCGCUUGUUCGAAAAAACUGAGAUAACCAUAGGACGGGGUCUAGAUGUAACUUACCAAUUGCUGUCUCCAAGCUGCGCUCUGAUGGUCUCCAGACUGCACUGCACAUUCAAGCAAAGGGAAGAUGGACAGUGGACAGUCACAGACAACAAGAGUCUCAACGGUGUAUGGGUGAAUGAAAACCGCAUAUCCGCUGAAGAGCCACAUCAUCUGAGGCUCGGAGACUCCAUACAACUUGGAGUUCCUAUAACUGGAACCUGCGUGGAGUUUGACUACAUCCUGGUCCAGCGGCCCCUGAAAGACAUUAAACUCUACCUUACAAAGCGACACAAAGAUGGCGCUAAAUCAACCCAGGUUUCCAUGAAGUCCAAGAGGAAGUUGACCGUGGAAGAGGUUGAGCCAUCGACCUCAAAGACCAAACUCUACCGCUGCUCCUCUGGUGACAAGUCGUUUGCAAAGCCCUGCCCUCUGUCAGUAGUGAAGUGGCCGCAGAGACUCAGUCGCAGCCAGCCGGAGGAAACCGGACCCAAUUUGCAGAUGUACAGCCAGAACAUCCUGAUACUGAGGGAGCAAGUGGACGACACCCAGAGGCAGGUGGCGUUUUUUGGGGGAAAGCCGCAGCAGGCCGACCCGCUCAGAGAGGAGCAGGUCAUGGAGCUGCAGGGCCAGCUGGAGACCCUCAGAGCCAAGAUGUACCUGAUGCAGACGCUAGAAAAGUCCAUGGGUGAAACUAAGAGGAAGCUAGAGGAAGAGAAAACACAGCAACAAGAGGAGCUUUUAAAGAAACAGUUGGACGUGGCUUUGCAAGAGCAAAAGAAAGUAAUAGACGAACUUGCGCUGUCUCGGGAGGGCUUUGAAGAGAUUCUCCUGGCCAAAAACAAGGAGCUCGAAGUGUCAAAGGAGGAGAAAGAACAGGCGAGGGCCCAGAAAGAGGAAGUAGUUACACAAGUGACUGAAGUUCUGGAGAACGAGCUUCAGUGCAUCAUCUGCUCAGAGCUCUUCAUUGAGGCAGUCAUCCUGAACUGCGCUCACAGCUUCUGCAGUCACUGCAUCAAGCAGUGGCGCAAAAAGAAGGACGAGUGUCCCAUCUGCCGCCGGGCCAUCCAGUCCCAGACCCGCUGCCUGGCCCUGGACAACUGCAUCGACAGCAUGGUGGAGAACCUGAGCCUGGACAUGAAGUCGAGGCGGCAGACCCUCAUCACUGAGAGGAAAGGUGAGAGGUGUGUCAUCGACAGUGCCUAUUAUCUUACUAUUGAUAAAGUUAGACACAGUUUUUUUUUUUUAAUCCUCAUGGUUUUUAAAGAGAAACAAUAACAGGACACUAACAAGCAAACAGUUGGGAGAAAGAAGUCCUUACGUAAUGGUUGCCGGUAAACUGUAUUUUUGUACUUACACUUAAGUAUUACACAAAUAACUCAAAGUAAGCUUGUGACAAAAGGGUCAUUAUCUCAGCUCAGUUCUGGACAGCCUUGAAUACUGUAAGGGAGACGUUCAGUGAGAACAGGAAUCAUUCAACAGGAAGAAGUUGAAUAUGAUAUCAGCCUUUUGGGAGUGGUGUGUUUUGAACACAAAUCAUCCUCUCAGUCGGUGUGGUUGCUUCUUAGAUUUGUUUCCCAGUUUUUUUCAGGCCGUAUCUUGGCUUUGGCACUAGUUCAUUGAUAUUAUUUAUCACCUCUUCAUUUUAUUAUUUUGCACAGAAUUGUCAUUUGAAAAUACUGCUCAUUGGUUUACAUUUCUUUUGUCUGAAGGAAGUGGAUCAAAAUCUGCCCCCAUUUGGAGGUCUUAAAUAUGUGACACAAAUGAUUUUUUUUUCGAUUUUCUUAUGAGGGCUGUUGGAUAUGUGGAAAAUAUUCAUGGUACCGCUAUCACGGAUAAGGUUGUUAUAAAGUCAUAAAAUCAAAAAAGAGAUGUUUUUCUCCCCUAU